AUGACUUACUUUUUCCUGGGUAACCUCUCCUUCCUGGAGAUCGGCUACACAACCAACAUAUUCCCCUGUAUGUUAGCCAGCUUCUUUGAUGAGGCAAAUUCGAUCUCUUUCAGUGCCGGUAUGGCCCAAUUUUAUCUGUUUGGUUCCUUGGGUGGCUCUGAGUGUCUCCUCCUGUCCAUGAUGUCGUACGACCGGUAUCUAGCCAUAUGCAAUCCUCUCCACUAUGCAGAUGUUCUGAGCGGACAGGUGUCCCUUUGCCUGGCAGCUGCCUCCUGGAUUGGUGGCUUUUUGAUCACCUUGGUAACCAUUCUGUUCAUGGUGACCUUAACAUUCUGUGGCCGCAAUGAAAUAGAUCAUUUCUUCUGUGAUUUCACCCCACUCCUGAAGCUGUCCUGUUCAGAUACUUACCUCUUCAAAAAGGUCUCUUUCUUCUUGUCUUCCACUCUGACGCUGGUCCCUUUUCUGUUAACCAUGGUGUCCUAUAUUUAUAUCCUAUCUGCCAUCCUCAACCGCCUUUCCACUGCCGGGUCACAAAAGGCCAUUUCCACUUGCUCAUCUCACCUUAUAGUAGUCAUCACCUUCUACGGGACUCUGAUUGCUAUGUACGUGGUACCAGCCGCUGAUCACUCCCUAGAUCUGAAUAAAGUCUUCUCCAUCUUCUAUAACAUGGUGACCCCCAUGAGCCUGCCAGAGGUGCUGGAGAACAAAGCGAGAAGCGUGUUGGAGAACAAAGAGAGAAGUGAGAUGACCAGUUUGCCUGGGAAAGAGACAAAGGAUGGAGGAGGGGAAACUGGGCACGACUGUGAGUGGGCUGCUGGAAGCAAUGGUCUCCAAACUGGGGUGCGUGCACCCCAGCGGGUGCCCGAGAUCAUCCCGGGGGGGCGCGGAAGCAGGAGCGCUGCUGGACGGCACUCCACCGUUUUUUUCUUCAGCGGCAGCUCUGCACACAUCCACCGCCUGCGGCAGGUCUUCCAAUCUUCUUCCGCCGGCGGCGCGUCUGCAGCAGGUCUUCCGGUCUUCACUCUGGGGAGUGAAGACCGGAAGACCUGCUGCAGACGCGCCGCCGGCGGAAGAAGAUUGGAAGACCUGCCGCAGGCGGUGGAUGUGUGCAGAGCUGCCGCUGAAGAAAAAAACGGUGGAGUGCCGUCCAGCAGCGCUCCUGCUUCCGCGCCCCCCCUGGGAUGA